GUGUAUUACCUUCAGGAGAUGGCCUCUUCUAAGUCUUUGAUGAACCUUCUAACCUUCACUUUUGGAUCAGCAAUAGGAUUUUUUGUAUGCUAUCUUCUGUUCAGCAUUAUACUAGAAGAACAGGUUAAGAUCCAGCCUCAUAUCCUUCACAAUGAUCCACAUGGUCAACACUCAGCAGAUACCGAUAACAAUCAGCUGCAAGGACAAAUGAAUUUCAAUGCAGACUCUGGACAGCAUAAAGAUGAAAAUAAAAAUAUUGCAGAGGGACUGUAUCAGAAGGUGAAAAUACUAUGUUGGGUCAUGACUGGACCUCAAAAUCUAGAAAAGAAAGCCAAGCAUGUUAAGGCCACUUGGGCCCAACGUUGUAAUAAAAUACUUUUUAUGAGCUCUGAGGAAAAUAAAGACUUCCCAACUGUGGGCCUAGAAACCAAAGAAGGCAGGGACCAACUGUACUGGAAGACUAUUAAAGCUUUUCAAUAUGUGUACGACCAUUAUUUUGAUGAUGCGGAUUGGUUUAUGAAAGCAGAUGAUGAUACAUAUGUUAUAUUGGACAAUUUGAGAUGGCUUCUUUCAAAAUACAGUCCUGAACAACCAAUAUACUUUGGAAGAAGGUUUAAGCCUUAUGUGAAACAGGGCUACAUGAGUGGAGGAGCAGGAUAUGUUCUAAGCAAAGAAGCUCUGAAGAGAUUUGUUGCUGCAUUUAAAACAAACAAAUGCUCUCACAGUUCCUCUAUUGAAGACCUAGCACUAGGAAAAUGCAUGGAGAUCAUUAAUGUGGAAGCAGGAGAUUCUAGGGAUACAAGUGGUAGAGAAACCUUUCAUCCCUUCGUUCCGGAACAUCACUUAAUCAGAGGAUACCUACCAAAAACAUUCUGGUACUGGAAUUACAAUUAUUAUCCUGCUGUAGAGGGUCCUGGAUGCUGCUCUGAUCUAGCAGUUUCAUUCCACUACGUUGAUUCCGUGACUAUGUAUCAUUUGGAAUAUUUGAUUUAUCAUCUCCGUCCGUAUGGGUAUUUGUAUCGGUACAAUCCUGAUUCGGCAAAGAUUCCAGAAGAGCAGAGCAAAAAUGAGGCACUGGAGGAUAAUCAAAAGCUAAAGCAAAAAAUUUCUGAGAAUUAAUUGGACUUUGAAGAAACCUAAAAGAAGCCAGUAUAAUGAAUAAGAGUCUCCUCAAACUCCUGCAUGAAGCUUGUGGACUGAAAUUACUCGUGGCGAUUCUUAUUUCAAAAAUUACGUUGGCAGUACUUCCUGUCACUGUGUUACAACAGAGUCUGGUGCUGGCUCUGACUGUUUGGGAUAGUGUGACCUUGCAGCCCUGCUCAUGAAGAUUUGGGGCCCUAAAGCUGUGAAAUAGGAGGUUGUU